AAAAAAAAACAAAGGAAAACAAACCGAAACAUGUCUUCUGCCUCCCCCGCCACGGACGACAUCGUGAUCGCGGUAGAGAUCAAGGAGGAAAAUGUGAUGGAAAUGCUCUCCGAAGCCCCCGACGGGCCCGCGCCGCCGCCCCCUCCCGCCGCUGCCCCGUUCCCCAUGGAGCGUGCAGGCUCCGCCGCCGCCGGCGAGGAGGGAGCCGCGGAACAGGUACUGCUCCAUACGGAACUCCUGGCCAGGAAUCACCACGCUGCCUCCUCUCCCUCCUCUUCGUCUUCCUCCUCCUCCUCCUCGCAGACCCCCCUGGCUUUCUCGCCGGACCACGUCGCCUGCGUGUGCGAGGCGCUGCAGCAAGGUGGGAACCUGGACCGCCUGGCCAGGUUCCUGUGGUCUUUGCCCCCGAGCGAUCUGCUACGUGGCAACGAGAGCUUGAUGAAAGCCCGGGCGCUGGUGGCUUUUCACCAGGGCAUCUACGCCGAGCUGUACAGCAUCCUGGAGAGCCACAACUUCGACUCCUCCAACCACCCGCUGCUGCAGGAGCUCUGGUACAAGGCUCGCUACACCGAGGCGGAGCGAGCCCGGGGCAGACCCUUGGGGGCGGUGGACAAGUACAGGUUGCGGAGGAAAUACCCCCUGCCCAGGACCAUCUGGGACGGCGAGGAGACGGUCUACUGCUUCAAGGAGAAGUCCCGCAACGCGCUGAAGGAGCUCUACAAGCAGAACCGAUACCCCUCGCCCGCCGAGAAGCGCAACCUGGCCAAGAUCACCGGGCUGUCCCUCACGCAGGUCAGCAACUGGUUCAAGAACCGCAGGCAGCGGGACCGCAACCCUUCCGAGACCCAGUCCAAAAGCGAGUCAGAUGGCAACCCUAGCACAGAAGAUGAAUCCAGCAAGGGGCGUGAGGAUUUAUCUCCCCAUCCACUCUCCAGCUCCUCCGAUGGCGUUACCAGCCUCAGCCUUCCCGGCCACAUGGAGCCUGUCUACAUGCAGCAGCUUGGAAACACUAAAAUAGCCUUGAGCUCGUCUGGUGUCUUGUUGAAUGGGAACCUCAUGCCUGCCAGUACCUCUCCUGUCUUCCUCAAUGGUAGCUCGUUUCUUCAGGGACCCAACAGUGUCAUACUCAAUGGACUCAGCGUGGGCACUUCGCAGACUGUUACCUUAAAUUCGCCCAAAACCGCGGCGAGCGUUGUGAGCAACGGCGUGUCCAUCACUGAUAUACUGUCGUCAUCGUCGUCAGAAGAUGUCAAGGACUUCAAACUCCUUCAGGCCUCGGUCCCCAAUGCCACAGCAACCUUCAGCCCUAGCAACAUCCCAGUCACUUUCCCAGGAUUGAUACCGAGCUCAGAGGUGAAAAGGGAAGGCGUAGAAACUGCUGCUUCCCAGGAUGGGGGCUCUGUAGUUACUUUUACUGCUCCUGUCCAAAUAAACCAGUAUGGCAUUGUCCAGAUCCCCAAUUCAGGAACAAAUGGCCAGCUGCUGAACGGAAGCAUUGGUUUUUCUUCUCUGCAGCUGCCUCCAGUUUCUGUGGCAGCUUCACAAGGUAAUGUUUCAGUAAGCCCCAGCACAUCCGAUGGAGGAACUUUUACGACCGAAUCUUCAACCGUGCAGCAAGGAAAGGUUUUCUUCAGCCCCCUUGCUCCAAGUGCAGUGGUUUAUACAGUUCCCAAUUCGGGCCAGGCAGUAGGAUCUGUCAAGCAGGAAGGACUGGAAAGAAGCCUGGUGUUUUCUCAGUUGAUGCCAGUCAGUCAGAACACGCAGCUGAACGUCAACAUGUCUUCUGAAAAUAUAUCCAGCGCAGGACUCCAGUCCCUGGCCUCCUCGUUAGUGAAUGUAACGCCCUCACAUAAUUUUUCCCUCACACCACCAACUCUUUUAAAUGCUGCAGAACUGAGCUCUGGUAUUUCGGAAAGCCAGUCCAUGUCUUCACCCGUGACCAGUACCUCUACAGUGAUAUCUAUCAGCAACACUAACUAUGCAACCCUUCAGAACUGUCCCCUCAUCACCAGUCAGGAUCUGUUGUCCAUUUCCACAGCGCAGCCCGUGCUUGGAGAAAUAGUUUCGACCAGUGGAGAGCGUGUCAGCCAGCCCCCUGCACAGGUGCACCAGGAUUUCGGCAGAGAGCACAGGUUGGUUCUGCAAGCCGUACCCGAUGUCAAAGAGAAUUUCUUACCUAAUUCUGAGAGUAAGUCAACUGGCAGUUUAAUGAUGCUGGAUUCCAAAUCUAAGUAUGUUAUGAGUAACAUGGUUGACACGGUGUGUGAAGAACUGGAAACGGACAAAAAAGAGCUUGCCAAACUGCAGACAGUUCAGAUGGAUGAAGUUAUGCAAGACUUGUAACUUCUUUCUUUUUUUGCUUUCUGUUUUAAUAGAUAAGUCUCCUGUUGAGGCCCUAACAAGCACCUAGUGGGGUGUUUGUGGGGUUUUUUGUUUGGUGGGGUUUUUUUCAUUUAAAGAAACCAGAAGAACAUUUAAGUGGUCUGAAUCAAUGUACAGAGGAAUCUCCGACAGUGGAAUUAGGUUGCCACGCUUGGCUUGCAUGCAGUAUUCUCUUUUAAGCAGAUUAAAGGAGAAGGGAAAUGGCGAGGGCAAGUACUGAGGAAUGGGUACAGGAUUGGCUACCAGAUACUACCCUGAAAAUUUAACUUGACUCUCCAUAGUACAACAUACUCUUAACAGUAAGUAUACACUCCUAGCUUCAGGCAGAAAACAAAAAUCUCACUCCAAAAUGGUAGAAACAAUGCAGACUUUUUUUUUUUUUUCUGUUUACUUCCAGUCCAUGGGCAUUGAGAGAUUUCUAAGGAACUUCAGACGAUACCUCUCCGGCUACUUUUAUGUUGUUUGAGGUUAAGAAACAAAACAAAAUCAUAAUAUUGUUACUGGUAUGUUUGCUUUUUUUCCAGCAGACUUACAUUCAAACCAAAAAUCUCACAUCAAUCAUGUACAGGUUUCUGAAUGCUACAGCUAGCAUUUUGUCAGUGCACCAGUAAAGGCACAGUUUGAAACUCUAAUUAUGCAAUUCAGAAGCUUUCUAUCCAGUAUGAAUGUAAAUAUUGUUUCAGUUCUUAUAAAGGAGACUUUUUUUUUUUAAUUAGUACAAUGGAUUUUAUUUAUGGUUUAUGUUCCCUUUCACUUUAGACACAAUGCAUUGAAAAGGAAAACAUUUUCUGGCUUUUUAAUUUAUUUUAUUGUUUGAGCAGGAAGUAAGCGUAGUUAUUUCUGACAAGGUUUUACUUUUUUUUUGUAGUUUUUUUUUUCAAGCAAUAGACUGUAAAAGUAAAAUGUUAAUCACACUGAAACUAGAAAAUUAAUUCCCAGUCUCACAAACCCAGGAGGUCACUGUUUCUACCCCCUCUGUCUUUGUGUUCAGGGUUUUUUUGUUUGUUUGUUUGUUUGUUUUGUUAGUAAUUUGCGAAUUAGUUGAACCCUUUUGUGUAUUUUUUACAGAAUUCCACGUGCCUUUCUUCCUAGUGGCCUUAUCUUUGUUACUAAAGCACAGUGGCAGGAGGAAUAAAAACACUGAUUUGCAAAUAAUCCGUCCUCAGGGCCAAAUCCUGAUGCCUUACUUCUGCAAGUAGACCCGCUGACUUGGGUGACCCUGCUUGCACGAGUAAGAAGAGGUUUAAGAGUCUUUUGGACACCGUGGGCGAUGCAGAGGUUUAAGAGUCUUUUGGACACUGUGUGUGAUGCAGAGGUUUAAGAGUCUUUUGGACACCGUGGGCGAUGCAGAGGUUUAAGAGUCUUUUGGGCACCGUGGCUGAUUUUGGACACGGUGACAUUUCCUGGCAGCGCAGAGAGCCGAGGAUGGGUCCUUGUGCACCACAUCAGCAGGACAGGAGCGGGCUGCAGAAGCACCACAGGGUUGUGCUGAGGGGAAGCUCUUGGCUCCAGCCUCAGGCAGGUGGGCAGGAAAGGUUGGAUGUGCAAGGCAAGGAAGGGAACCCCACUUUUACACGGGCCCAUUGGCCAAACAGCCCGCGUGGGAGGGCUUCAGCUGCUGGUUGAGCAAGACCCCCAUCCAGGAGUGCAGUUGAGUGUGUGUUUAUGUAAAUCCUCCCAGGAGAAGCAGCCUGGGGGAUGCUGGUGGGAACUGCAGCAGCGUGCCUGGCUGGGGAUGAGUGUCCACACCUUUCUCCCUGGGGACAGCAGGAGCGGGCGGGCUCUGGGCAGGUGGAACAGAUCUUAACCUUUCCUCCAGAGGAGUUUUUGUAGCAUGGAAAAGCACAUCCUUUAAGCUUUAAAAUAAUGAUAAGAAUUCAGAUGCACAAAAAUGGCAGUGCCGUUAAUCCUCAUGGGUUUGGUUUUGUUAUAUUUUAUCCUGAUGUCAAUAUAUACAGUAAUUAAAGCAUGUGUUCAUCCUCAUCAGGGGCCUAGUCCAAAGCCUUCGGAAGGCAAUGGGAAGUGUUUUCCUAAGCUUCUGUGGGCUCUGUAUCAGGCUCAGGACAAAACAAGACCACUUUUAAAGGACAAAAAAAAUGGAAAGGAAAGAUAAAUGAGGUGGCAUAUCCCAGUGUGUUUUUCUUGGUCUUGACUGGUUCCAUGGAAAGCUUUUGGGGAAUGAAGGUUUUUCCGUGUGCCGCGAGCAUGGCAUCGGCAUUCUCGUUGUAGUUUUGCACUAUAUUGCGUAUUUUGCAAGGUUUCCUGUGGAAUCUUGAGGCUGAGCUCUGCUGGUGAGCACUGGAGUCCACGCUGCGAGCCAGAGUCUCCAGAGCUGCAGGGAAGAGUGCAGGAAAAGGGAAGAACGAGUGUGCAGCUGUACGGAGUCGCUGACGCUCUGCAGGCAGGAGCAGCCCACCAGCAGUUGGCUGUCCCCACGUGCUCCCAGGCAAACAGGGUGGUUGAGGCAAGUGCUUUAAAGCAGAGAUUAUCACAAACAGGACAUGGAGCUGUAUGUUCCCCUGGCACAACUUUCCCUGACGUUCCCGAGAGCUCCGCGUGAGCAGGGAAUCGGAUAGUCUCGAGUUCUCCUAAAGGCUCUGCUUGUUUAUCUGUUUGCUGGGCCCCAGCAUGAGCAAUCUGUUUCCCACCUCUUCCUCACCCAUGUAACUAAGAUGGUGAUGACAGUAGCUGUAGCUCUAUAUGCUUUGCAUGAAAUCAUUCAGCCCUUUGGAAAAUUAGGAAUACCCUGUAUCGCUGUCAUUUUAAUGGAGAAUGUGUACUUGGCUCUGAAAGAGUUGAUGGUGGAUUAACAUGUGGUCUGUGAAGCUCAGACUAUAUUUGGAGGCAAGCUAGGGAAUAUUUCAGAGCAGUUGUUGGUGUGAUCAUCUCUCAUAACUGAAGAGACCGUGGUGUUACAACAGUACCUGUUACUUUAUUUUUUAUUUUUCCUUCUUUGCAUUCGUUGUGUUACUGAGGCUCUGAAUUCCAUGGCUUUGCUGCACAGUUGAUGUGAAAAACUGUGUAUGUUGUUACAGUGGCACGUUUCUUGGAGUGUCUGGUACUUCUAAUAGGAGACUUCCCACUCUUCUGUGGGAGUGGAGGAUGUACAUAAAAGCAGUGUUUUGGGACAAAGUAAGAUUAAUCUAUUCUAGUCUUCCAGAUAUCAAGUAACUUCUUAUUAUCUUUGACUCUUUCUUUCUUUCUCCUGUUGAAAAUAAGUGUCAUUCCCUCCAGAUAACGUAGUUAUAACUUCAUGUUUUCUGCGGGUACAUAUGCACAAUAUAAAGACUCAUUGCACGGUACAGUGUGUUUAAAAUAGAAAUUUAAAUAAGUAGUUUUAUUCCUUACAAGGGUAAGUUCUUAUUUUGUGGCCCUCAGGCAGGCAGGCUCACUGCUCUCAGUAGACAGUACUCAAAGCCCCAAAAAGUGUCCAGGGCCAAGAUCUUUGGCUGCUGUAAAUAAGGCAUUGCUCCACUGAUUCCCAAACCAAGGAUUUUUACGUGGUGUUUAGGGGAUUUGGAUGCUGGUCUCCCACACAUGGGAGGGCAGUGAGUGUCCAAGCCCCACAGACAGCCUUUAUUAUCACAUUCUGUUGUUUAAGUGGAAGGUAUGUCUACCUGGCAUACACGUUCCUUCCCUUCCCUCCCUCUCUGUUAUGGAUGAGAAUAGAGGAUCAUUUCAACUUCACAUAUGUUUGUAACUUCUAAGUCCACUGGAAAUCUUAGAGAAAACAUUGCCAAAUUCUACUGCUUUACUAGUCCCAGACUCAGCUUUGAAAAAUAUGCCUAAAGUUCAAGCAAAUUCUUACAAAGCACGAUGUUACAAACCCCUCUCUUCUUUACUACUUUUGAUUAAAGCUGCCUCUGUUUCACCCAGAGUUUUGCAGAAAACCAGAACCACGUUGAAUUGAAUGCUCUCUGUGGACUAUUUGCAGCGUUAUCCCUGUGGUCUUACCUGCAAGGACAUUUCAGCAAUGUAAAUCACAGACAUCUCUUGGCCAGGUCCUCAGCUGGGCUAAACCAGCACGUUUCCAUUGUCUUUGAUGUCCUUUCAUGCCAGCUGGGAAUAUGGUCCAUUCAUUUCACUGCUCUUAGAUUAGGGAUGGAUUUGGCCCAGCUGCACAGUGGCAGCACAAAGCAGAGCACAAGGCUGACACUUGGGUAGAACCAAACAGUCACAGUCUAUCAAAGCAUAUACCUCUUCCCAUUUACUGCUUUCCCCUACCUGUGGAUUCAGGAAGACUCAUUCAGAAAGUGACUUCACCCAGAAGUGAGGCUGGAACUGUCGUUACUACUCCCAGUCUGAGACUGAUGACAAGAAUGGGCAGGUUCUGACUUCAAAUCAUGCAAAAUCACCUCAGUAACGAUUUUCAGUUAAAUAAAUCAGGGUGGAAUUUGGCCCUGUUUGCACAGGAGCUUUUCAUGUGCAUCCAGUGUCUGUGCACUUUUCUUAGCAAGGGCAGAUGAACAGGAGGAUGCAUCCCUCCAGUAUCAAAUGAAAUAUUCGUUCAGGGCUCUGGGGACAUGAACUGCCCAGGCCUUGUGGUCAAGAAGAAUGUCAAAUCAUCAAAAAGAAUAGUAAUUUUAUAAUUCUGAAAACAAAAAUAAUGGUAUCUUUAAAAGCAAGGAUGCCUGAAGUCUUCCUGUAUCUCCUAGCAGUUAUUAUCUUGAAGGAUAUUUUAUACCUUAGUUGUAUGUUUCAUAUAAUUUAAAACUUGCUUCUUAAAUUUCUGAACUCAAGGAGGGGGUGAAUCUUCUGGCUUUCAGGAUUCACAUUCAGAGGAUGUUUGUUCUUUUGCUGCAUGUACUGUUUGUCCAGAACUAACCAGUUAUUUCUCCAAUAUGGGUUUUAUUGUGCCUUACAACAAAUAUUAAAUUUAAGCGGAAUGUACGCAUUAGAGGAGGGAAUAAUCAAGAAGUCUUUACUGCACUGUUAGGUGAUGCUGCCCCAGAGUGUAUCAUCAAACAUAUCUGUGCUUAAUUACCCAACCAAAGAGAUCUAAAGUAUGUAUGUUUGUUGUACUGUAAUAGGGGUUUGUGCCUGGACAAUUAAGUGUUUUAUUUGUAUUCUGAGAUGAUGUGAACUUAUUUUUCUAAACACUAUACUGAAUAAACUUUAUAUUUAUACA